AUGGCCUCGAGAAGCUUCUCAAAGGCCCUUCGCGCCCCUCUGGCCCGCCAAUUGGCCUCGCCCCGUCUCCAGCAGCGCUCCUACAUUGCCGGCCGCAACCUUGCCCGAGCGACGGCCGUCGCUGCUCGUCCCGCCAUCGCCGGCCCCGCCCAGCAGCAGGUCCGUGGCGUCAAGACGAUUGACUUCGCCGGUCACAAGGAGGAUGUCUACGAGCGUGCCGACUGGCCCCAGGAGAAGCUCCUGGACUACUUCAAGAACGACACCCUGGCCCUGAUCGGCUACGGCUCCCAGGGCCAUGGCCAAGGUCUCAACCUUCGCGAUAACGGCCUCAACGUCAUCGUCGGCGUCCGGAAGAACGGAAAGUCCUGGAAGGAUGCCGAGCAGGAUGGUUGGGUUGCUGGCAAGAACCUCUUCGAGGUCGAUGAGGCCAUCUCCCGUGGCACCGUUGUCAUGAACCUGCUCUCCGAUGCCGCCCAGUCCGAGACCUGGCCCGCCAUCAAACCCCAGCUGACCAAGGGCAAGACCCUCUACUUCUCCCACGGCUUCUCGCCCGUCUUCAAGAACCUCACCAAGGUCGAUGUCCCCAAGGACAUUGACGUCAUCCUCUGCGCCCCCAAGGGCUCCGGCCGCACCGUCCGCUCCCUCUUCCGCGAGGGCCGCGGCAUCAACUCGUCCUUUGCCGUCUUCCAGGACGUCACCGGCAAGGCCGAGGAGAAGGCCGUCGCCCUCGGUGUCGCCAUCGGCUCCGGCUACCUGUACAAGACCACCUUCGAGAAGGAGGUCUACUCUGACCUGUACGGUGAGCGAGGAUGCCUCAUGGGCGGCAUCCACGGCAUGUUCCUUGCUCAGUAUGAGGUUCUCCGCGAGCGCGGCCACAGCCCCAGCGAGGCCUUCAACGAGACCGUCGAGGAGGCCACCCAGAGCUUGUACCCCCUCAUCGGUGCCCAUGGCAUGGACUGGAUGUUCGAGGCUUGCUCCACCACCGCCCGCCGUGGUGCCAUUGACUGGACCCCCAAGUUCAAGGAUGCCCUGAAGCCCGUCUUCAACAGCCUCUACGACAGCGUCAAGGAUGGCUCCGAGACGCAGCGAUCGCUGGAUUACAACAGCCAGAAGGACUACCGCGAGCGGUACGAGGCCGAGAUGGAGGAGAUCCGCAACUUGGAGAUCUGGAGAGCCGGCAAGGCCGUUCGUGCCCUCCGACCCGAGAACCAAAAAUAA